CAAAUAUUACAAACAUCUCCGCAAAAUGACGAUACGCGAGAGUAUUCUUCAUGCUAUUGAUAAUUUUCGUUGUGUGGCUCGCUAGACAAAAUUGCAUAUUAAAAAUUUAGUAUAGUAUAUUAUCAUCGUGUGUAGCAAUUUAUUACAAAUAUAAGAACCUUGCUAUUUUUUUCUUUAGUAUUAUAAUAUAUACAUUACGCUUACUACGAAAUUUCUUUCAUAUAAAACUCUUAUAAAUUGUUAUAUUCACGAUACCCGUGAUAAGAGUUGAGUAACAUUAUACAUACAUGUAAAUUAUAGUGCAUAUCAUUCUUCUGCAGUAUUUUACAUGCAUACAUUAUGAGAUGUAUAAUUCGAUUAUGCUAUUAUGCAUCAAAUAUUUACGCGCUAUGGACUGUGGAAAGAAAUCUAUAACACUUUAUUUGAAACAAUGUAGCGCGAGAGAACGACGUAAACGAAUAUAGAUUGAAAUUAUUGUUUUACAUUAUAUUUUCGAUGAAUUUGUCGAUCUAAUUAUGACGAGCAAAGUAACCCCGAAAACUGCUAUCGCGUUUACAAAACUGGUAAUCGCCUUGUCCUUUUCGUGGCCACUUUCAAAGAGCGCCAGUAAAUUUCAAGUAAUACGCUUCAAAGUUCUACGCUCUUUGCUCUGUAUAAAUAUGGCUGUACUGAUUGUGACUGUAUCGUACACCCUUUAUCGUAAUGACUACGAUCUACCAAAACUAACGAAGCUGUGGGUGUUACUGGCUGCCUUUAUACAAGUCCCACUGGAGAUAACACAAUGCACGCUGCAAUAUGACCGAUUGCAAUAUUUAGUUUCGGAGAUGGAACAUAAUUUCGAAUGCGCGAAACCAAACGAGGAAACGCUCUACCAACGGUACGUCAAUAGAUGCGCGAUGUUUUACGCAAGCUCCACAGCGGCGGUUUUUCUCGGUGCGUGUAUAACGGGAAUCGCACCGCUGAUAGUGGCCGAUCAGCUCUUCCCUACAGAUGCAAAGUACCCUUUCGACGUGGAACAUGAACCGGUGAAGACCAUUAUCUUUCUACAUCAAUUCCUCGCUAUCUGGCAGUGCUUCUCCAUCGUUUGCGUCGGUAGUUUUGUCGGUCUUCUCAUAUGGUUUGCGGCAGCGCGUUUCGAAAUAUUGUCGCAACAAUUUCGUACGGUCACCGACAUCUACGGCAUCAUCGACUGCGUACGGCAACAUGUGAAACUGUUAAGAUACGCUCAAGAAAUAAUAAUUGCUUUUCGUUCAAUAAUAUUAUCAAUAAUAAUUAUUUGCACAUGGGUGAUUGUAACUUGUGGCCUAACAAUUGUAAGCAAUGUUACUCACGAAAUGGUACAUUUCAAUAACGUAAUGAAACCACGCGAAGAAAUCGUGAUUCAGCGGUAUAUUGACAAAUGUUUCGUGUUGUAUGGAGUAUCUCUGAUUACUUUUUACUCGGCAACAAUAGUAACUGUAUUCUUACCUGCUGUGACGGAACAACCAUUUCCAACAACAGCCAAAUAUCCAUUCGAUGUGUCUUAUCAACCGCUAAAAGCAAUAAUCUAUGUACAACAAACUGCAGCCGGAUUCUUUAUAUCAGGACAACUAUGUAUAAAUGUUUAUAUGGCUUUAUUGAUCUGGUUUACAGCGGCAAGAUUUGAUAUUCUAAUUGAAGAACUAAAGACAGUUACAAAUGUCUAUGCAUUGUGCAAAUGUAUUAAAACACAUCAAAAACUACUCAAGUAUGCAAACGAAGUUGCAAUUGCUGCUCGUCCUUUCGCAUUUAUAUCAAUAUGUUGUAGCACGGUUAGCUUAAUAACAAUUUUACUUAUGCUUAUUACAAAGCCACCUCUACUAGUUUCACUCCACUUUUGUGUUAUGGCUGCAGCAUGUGUAGUAGAAGUAUUUAUGUAUACGUGGCCAGCAGAAUUUUUGAUGCGUACGAACUAUGAGGUCGGACAUGUAGCAUUCAAUUUACUCAAAAACAAUCAUUUGAGUAAUUUCAUUCAAAUAUGGCAACGUCUGCAAUUUAUUAUAAUGCGAUGUCAAGAACCUAUAAUAAUUUCAAUUCCUUGUCUUCUGCCGCAACUAUCUUUUAAUUAUUAUGCCAGAUAUCUUUCGACUAUACUCUCCUAUUUCACAACACUGCGUGUGAUGAUGGACGAUGGAUAAAUAAAAGUAAACUCAAUAUUGUAUGCAAUUGAAAUAUACUUGAAACGACCAUUUCAAGUAAUUAAAAUUUGCACUACGAAAAGUUCUUGUAUUGCGUUUUUGUUAAAAUAGUCAAUGUCUUGAAUAGUUGUAAAAAUACAAUUAUUUUACUUAGUAAACUGUCAUAAUUAGUUCGAUUUGGCGAUGAUAGAUUUAAUUUAAUUGUACUUAUUAUCGCGCAAUACCCCAAUCAGUGAACAAUGUUUUCGAAAUCUUUUUUUAAUACAUACUUUUUAUUAAUUGUGAAUUGUGUAAUUUAUUGUACAAAACUAUUAUUUAACAAUUAUUAUUCAAGUGUAACAAUGAUUUAGAGAAAAUAGUUAGGUAACAUUUAUUGAAUGUUUAUUUAAUCUCAAUGUUAUUUCUUUCAUAUUUUAUAUGUUAUAUUGAUUUUAUAUAUAACAUUAAUAAAUAAUUUAAAAUAAUACCUUAAUAGCACAAUGCUUUGGUUUAAUAUUAGUUCAAUGUUGAUUAUAUUAGAAAUCAGGGUUGGGAAGUAACUCGUUAGUUACAACGAAGUU